AUGUGUUCUUGUCCUGUUAUUGUGUGUGCUUAUGCUGUUAUUAGAUUUUAUUUGAAAGCUAAGAGAAAAAACAAUGAGAAGAAGUCAUAUGUUGAUGUAAGUAGAUCAAAUGGUCCUUCAUUAAAAACAUUGAAAAGUGUUCGACGAAAUGCUCGAAUGGAAGUUUUAGAAUGGGAUAGGAAAGAAAAUGAGGACAUGAACAAGUUUUCUCCUAGAAGUCCUUAUGAAUGUGGAGGGGAUGUAUCCGGUGUCGAGACUCGAAAUGAUCGAGUGCUUGAUGGUUCUAAUGGUGGUGGUGGUCGGGCAGAGGUUGAAAGUAUCCAAGAAGGGGAGGAGGAGAACGAUGACAGGAAAAAGGGGAUUGAAUGGACCAAACAUGAUCGGGAGAAUGUUAUGAUUCUCGGCACUUUGGAAUCAGAGAGAAACCAAAGGCUUGAAAGUUUAAUGGUGAAACGUAGAGCAAGGAAUUUGUUCAAAAUGGCGGUCGAUAAAAACUUGAUGAACAAAGAUGCUAUUCUCCCUAGUCAUUUGGCUCCUGUUAUGACCGCUAAAAGCGACCUUCUCGGUGGUACGAAUGAGCCAUACGAAGAAAUAUUACAGAUGCCGGGUUCUGCACCUUCAAUCUGGGUACCUAAAAAUAAUCCAUUUGACUUACGUUAUAAUCCACACGAAGAGAAACCGAAUCUUGCGGGAGAUAGUUUCCAUCAAGAAUUCAUGACAGUCAACCAAAAGGAAAUGCUUUUCUGCAGACACGAAAGCUUCUGUCGCAGAACAUGGUUGACCCAAGACUCGAAUGAUGCUCACUUUAAUCAUUAUUAUAGUACUCAAAGAAGUCUUGUGGAGGAGCCAACAGAUCCUAGAUUCAAAUGGCAAUCAGAUAAAGGGGGUGAUCACCAUCAUAAUUUCUCUAGUACAGUAAGUGAUGUUGAUAUCGUUGAACUAGAUGAGUCCAAUCAUGAAAAUGCAACGAAUUCAUUGGAAGGGAAACACGAAAUGAUUAGAGAAAUAGCAAUGGGCUCUCCUCAUGAUGUCAAAAUGGAGAUGGAUUCUAUAAACAUCAAUGAUUCAUGCUACACAUCUUCAUCUGAAGACACGGAACCGGUCUUACAUCAAACGAGUAAGUCUCCCGAGAUAUGUAGGGAUCAAAUGCAAAAGAGCCUUAAUCUUUUAGUUCCCCCUAAGGGGAAAACUCUACAUACACUUCCCUAUGAUUUCAAUCCAUCUCCAGCUGAAAGGCCUAGGCCGGAGUUCAAUUUGUUUUACGGUACAUAUAAUCGACAUCGUCCUACUUCAACUUGUUCCGUAGCUUCUGAUUUGCAAGUUGAGGUCUCAGAAGUUGGUUCACCUCCAUUAACAACAACAGGUUCAUCCAUUGAUGGUGAGUCAGUUACGUAUGAUGAUAGUGAUGUUGAUGGGGACAUCCAUUCCGACAGUGAAUUGUGGGGAGUCAAAGUAGACCUUUAA